UUAUGGUCUUAAUUUUAGAUUCUUGUUUCUUUUGUUUUUGGUGUAUCUUAUCUCACUGAUUCUAAUUAGAUUUAUCAAUUCUUAACAGAAGUAAGAUAUGUUAGCUGUUUGUGGGUUCUUGAUAUGAAUUUACCAUCUUGGCACAACAUGACACUUGCAUUUCAAUAAAAUUGAAUCCCCUUUUAUAUAUUUUUGGUAUCUGUCAAAGAUAUAGUGAAAGUCAACAUUAUUAAGCAUCUCAUGACGCAAAUGUCACGAGUUUGAAUCCAUGAUAUGGGACAGGGGAUAGCAUGUAUCCCUUGCAGGAUGUUAUGUGGGAUCACCACCUUGUUUAUGAUCUCCUUACCUAAAUUAUGUCAGGUUUGGUGAUUACAUUAAACCUGUUUUUGUAUCAAAACACCUACGAACCAUGAUAAUAAUUUUCUUAAUUUACUUCUUGAAUUGUCUUCAAUAAUUAUUGUAAUGGAAAAUUAUAUAUCAGUGCACAUGACCAAAAAUAAUCACAAACACAUGGAAGAUUGUAAAAGUUGCACCUCAAGAAGAUUCUCGUUCUUUAGUAAAUAAUUGUCUUAGUUCUUACUGAAUGGUAAUUUCCGUUUAUUGAAAGUUACAAACUAAUGUGAUUAUGUUAUAAAUAUUAUGGUUAUGUUAUGAAUAGUGUGGCAAAAAUUCUUCGAAUCAUUUGCAGUCAGAAAUAUUAUGAACCGUUACGAUAUGUUUUACCCCCGAGCUAUACCCCUUCAAAUAUUAACUUCUGUUCCAGUCCUUCUACUCUCAGUUCAGAAAGUCAAUCAAAAAACUAAUGUCAUAGAAAGUAAAUCAAGUUGAAAAGGCCAAACACAUCCUUGGAGGUAGAAGAAUUAGUUGAAAUGCUCACAUCCUUCAACUUGGAUACCAUUUGCAUUUGAUGGCAUAAAAGUAUGAACAACAGGGCAACAGAAGAAUAUUUCCAUUACGUAUUACCAACCAAAAAGUGAAGAUAAAACCAGUAUAUGUUCCACAAAAUCUUAGAAACAUUUCUAAGUUGAUUCGACCCUUUAUAUCUCAUGGUUCUACUUACAUCUAUUCAAAUGGGCGCAAUGAAGUAAGCACUCCAACACCAAGCGAUCACAAAAAAUAAAAACAAUGGAUCCAAAAAUACACAAAUUCCCUAGUCAAAUGAUGAAAAGCGUGGUGAUAGUGUGUUUGUAUUUGCUUCCAAAAAUUCUUUUAAGUUUUCUCAAGUACUUUGGGAAAAAAAAAGAAAAAAAAAGAAAAGUGAAUUUCUUAACAAGCUUUGCUUUUAUCCCUUCUGAUCACAUCUGAGAAAAUUGUCAUAUACAUCCCUGCAGACUUUCUUCUGAUGUCAAUGAUUUUUCAGAGUAUUGAUGCAUAUAAAUAAAUGAUUCCCUUAGAUAUGCUCAUGGAAAGCAUACUCAAACUAGAGGAUAUAUAUAAAUUGAAAAGAUAGUUCACUAAUCCUCUAGUGAAGGUACAAAAGAUGAUCAAAGAUAUUCUAAUCACUUAGAUCCUCAUUUCUAUUGAAGAAUCAUACACGAUCCAACUUUUCCCAGUAAUGCAUAGGUUCUUGAGAAUAUUGGUAUCUCAAACUACAUGUCCAAAUAUGAGAAUACAACAUUUUAUUACGUCAUCAUCACUAUCCUGACAUUUAAUUUGGGGAAUUGUCAGAAUAUUGAUAAGAAUCUAAUCAAGAAUACGAUGCCAACAACAUGCCAUCAGAAUCAAAGCCAAACUCUUCCAUCACCUUCUAUAUUUAUAGAUGCAUAAUUGGUCACCAUGAAAAUCUGUUUAGGAGGAAAAAAACAUAGGGAUUGAAUGGCAUUUAGGCUUAUGGGCAUGUAUAGGAGGUUCAAACCACACCUCCUAAUGGUUAUAGCUCAGAUAGGCUAUACAUUUCUAUAUUUCAUCACCGAGGCCUCAUUCAAUCAUGGAAUGAAUCCUCAUGUCUACAUAACUUACAGACAUAUAGUAGGUGGUUUUGCAAUGCUACCUUUUGCUUAUUUUCUUGAAAGGAAGACAAGGCCAAAGUUGACAGUAGCUCUGUUUAUGGAGAUUUUUGUUGUUUCUCUUCUGGGGGUGGGUUUGACUCUAAACAUGUAUUUUGCAAGCUUGAGAUACACUUCUCCCACAUUUCUUGCAUCCAUGGUCAACACCAUAGCUUCCUUGACUUUUGUGAUGGCAGUUGUACUCAGGUUGGAGGUUCUUGACAUUCGAAGCCGUCGUGGGAUAGCAAAAGUUCUUGGAACCUUGGUGUCCCUGGCUGGAGUCAUGGCCAUGACAUUGUACAAGGGACCUAUUGUGAGGGAGCUGGGGCAUCCUUUUAUCCAUGUUCAUGGAAAAACAAGCAUCAAGGAGAACUGGUUGAAGGGUUCGAUUCUUACUGUAGCAAGCUGCAUAUCAUGGUCUAUAUGGUACAUUAUGCAGGCAUUCACAUUGAAGAGGUACCCAGCACAACUAUCACUAACAACAUGGAUGAGCUUUGUUGGAGCAGCACAAUCAGCUUUCUUCACAGUGAUUGUAGCACAUAAACCAUCCGAUUGGACUAUCGGUUUCAAUAUUGACUUUUGGUCUACCUUAUAUGCUGGAGUGGUGAUGUCUGGCAUGGUAAUCUUCGUCCAGCUAUGGUGCACAGAAAAAAAAGGACCAGUUUUUGUGACAAUGUUUAAUCCCCUAUCGACAAUAUUAGUGGCAGUCCUAGCAUACUUUGUCUUCGGUGAAAGACUUUACAUGGGCAGCAUAAUAGGGGGAGUUAUAGUCAUUGUUGGACUAUACUUGCUGUUGUGGGGUAAAGAAGGUGAUCAACAACAAGAAAUGAAGCCAAAAGUGCAAUCCUGUUCAUCUUAUGAAGAGCACAAAGCCCCGAAAGAAGAACCUUAAAAAAAAUAUCAAUGUCUUAAUUUGCUUUAAUUAGCAAAUGAUUGAGGAGAGAUUGUAUGAUUUGAUCAACAAAAACAACAGAAUAAACACAGAAGCAAUGAGUGAAAAAGAGCUCAUUUUCUUGAUAUUACAACUACAAUUUGUUUUUUAAUGAUAUCUUCUGUACUAAUGUCUUCUUUUAA